CUUAUAAAAAACGUACCAACUUUUCUUCUUCUUCUCCUUCUCUCUAUCCUCUCCCACCAACAAACACAAAGACAAACACCCUCCUCUGUUAAAUUAAGUAAUUAAAAUUUUAAAUAAAAAAUGGGCGCCGGAAUGUCUUUUGACGGCGAUAAUUCUGGAGAAAAAUCGUCUGUUAGUCGCCGGAAGCUAGAAGAUAUACCAGAAAGCUGUAUAGCUAUGGUGUUAGGCUACCUUGACCCGCCGGAGAUUUGCCGGUUAGCCCGAAUUAACCGGGCUUUUCGUGAUGCUUCUUCUGCUGACUUUAUUUGGGUAAAUAAACUUCCCACGAAUUAUUCCUUCAUUAUUCAUAAAUUAUCUGAUAAAUAUAAGGAUGAUUAUGAAGAUAUCAACAGCCAUAGUAGUGAUGAUAAAAUGGUGGGCUUAACGAAGAAGAAUGUUUUUGCCCGUCUUUCUCGGCCUAAUCUUUUUGAUUCAGGCACUAAGGAAAUAUGGUUGGACAAGAAUACUGGUGGGGUGUGUGUGUCAAUUUCAUCAAAGGCCCUGUCGAUUACUGGCAUCGAUGACAGGCGGUACUGGAAUCAUAUUCCUACUGAGGAAUCUAGAUUCCAGACAGUAGCAUAUCUUCUUCAAAUAUGGUGGUUUGAAGUAUGUGGGGAGCUUGAGUUCAAAUUCCCUGUAGGGACAUACGGUAUCUUCUUUCGACUCCACCUGGGCAAGUCCUCAAAGAGGUUUGGACGUCGCAUAUGUAACGUAGAGCAUAUACACGGAUGGAACGUAAGGCCUGUCCGAUUUCAGCUGACAACAUCAGACGGUCAGCAAACUGUUUCGGAAUACUACUUGGAUAGUCCAGGAUCAUGGAUCCUCUACCAUGGAGGUGAUUUUAUCAUAAAGGAUCCUGAUAAAUUGAUAAAGAUCAAGUUCUCGGCUAGGCAGAUCGAUUGCACACAUAUGAAAGGCGGUCUUUCUUUAGAUUCUGUCAUGAUUUUGCCCAAGAGUAUAGCCCAUACUGCUUGAUUGUAUUUGUAGAUAUGUUAAAUAUUUAUGUGGUUUUUCUCGAACCACCAAGAGAAUCUUUGGUCACAUUCUCCUUUAUGGGUAUGUGUUGCCGCUUGCCAUUUCUCCCAGACCUUGAUCGUAGUUUCUAUGAACAGAAUAUACUGGGUACGAUAAUGAUGAUGAUGUUAGAUAUUCAGGAAUUGAUUAGAGAGAAUAGAAUAGAAAAGUUUGCACAUUGCAGUUUGGUAUAAGGUUUUUUUUUUGUAUGUGUACAUAUUCAAAAAGAACAAGGCAGGAAGGUUGGCUUUGUUUGAGGUUAUGGUCUUGUAGGAAAAUUUCUUAAUUGUUGUCUGUAUUUUUGUUAAGGUGUAAUCUGUUCUGAAAUUUGAGUUAGCAGAAAUAUCUAAUUUGUUGAGAUUUGAGCAAUUUUUUAGUGGUGUUGUAAUUUUUAGGACACUUUAUCUUGGCCCUUAAACUAGAGAUUUGAGCAUUUUUAUUUGAAAUGAUUAUUUACUUUUGUAGUUUUAAUGAGUUUGGGUCUUUAUAGGAGUGAAUAGAGAGUUUGAUGGAUUUUAUUGUCUUUAAUAGUUGUAUCAAGGCUUUAGAGACACUUUCAAAUUUGUUUGUCAGAAAUAGUUUUAUGUGCGAUUUUGAAUAAAGCAAAGAUAUGAAAUUAAAUAAUAGAUAAGUAACUACGAGGUUCAGCUACAAAUAGUCUAAUCCCACCUAGGAUUCUCAUAACUAAUUUGAUUCAAAACCUUUUUUCAUUAAUCUUUUCGAAUCCUAGAUCUACUUAGAAUAACUCACUAUCU